CCCGGAUGCUAAAUGGCGGAUUCAUCAUCAAUGUUAAACAAUUGAACAAUUUAUGCUCCAGAGCUCUUGAUGCAUCGGAAGUUAUUCAAUUGAUUUAAAAGACAAUGAAAUUAGGAAGGGUACUAUCAUUUACGAAACACACAUAUUUGAAGUAUGUAUUUUUGCUGAUUGGAGUUGUGCUUAUGAUAUAUCUUGUUCUAGAAGAUGAAGUGAUAAGAACAAAUGAAGGGGACAACAAUGGCGACGAGACCAACAUAAACAUCACACGAAUGGAGACUUUACAAGAAUCCGUAUUGAAAUUCCGCUAUGCAGUAGAAACUCCAGAUAUUUCUCUCAAAGCAAAUGAAGAGCUGGUUGCAUCACGAGAUGUGUUAAAGAGACUCGAAAUCCCUCCACCUGAAGAAAAAUUCAUUGACUUGUCUGAAGAUAUGCUAAAAAAGUUUGUGUUUGUCACGGCGGCAAGUUCUAACCACUUCAAUGAAAGCUUAGAUUUAAUAGGCAGUAUCCAAGAAUUCAUGCCAGAAAGAGACAUAUACUACUAUGACAUUGGUCUCCAGCCAGGCCAAAUUGAAAUAUUGAAAAAAUUAUGUGGGGUGAAAUAUCGACUUCUGAAUUUUGAUGCGUACCCAGAACACGCUGCUACUCUGUUGACGUAUGCUUUCAAGGCAAUAUCUAUCAAGGAAGUCAUGACGGAGCAUUCUGGUGUAUUCUGGGUAGAUGCCUCCAUUCGUUUAAAAGGCAAUAAUACAGAUAGACUCUGGGAGAAACUUCAAAUAGGCAAGGGAAUGGUGUUUUUCGCAUCAGCUUUCGCCCAUUCAAAUUUUGCGACGACCCGAGCGGGGAUGUAUGAUUAUCUUCCAACUGAUAAAGAGAAGAUGAAGGACCUGGGCUCAAUCGGAGCCACAGCGAUGCUGCUUUACAACACUAAAUUCGUUUAUGAACAUUAUAUAAAAUGGUGGGUGUUAUGUGCAUUAAAUAGGUACUGUAUUGCACCCGAUGGGUCGAGAAAAUACUGCGACCCUUACGACACAUACGAGGAAAAAUAUCAUUUCUAUAGGAAUUGCCACAGAUUCGAUCAAGCAGCUUUGAAUAUUUUAGUUUGUAAUACAUUUAAUUACGACAAAAGUACAAUUUACUCAUUACGAGCCACGCAAUGGCUUUCCAUUAAAAGAUACAAGACGUAUAUGUUUGAGCCUCAUUAUUGUGCAAGUAAGAUUACAUAA